AUGUCGCCGAUCCGAUCCCGAGGCACCCGUGCGCGUGCGCGCGCGCGCCCGUUCUACGUCACCAUUCUCCUCCUGUCCCUGCUGACGGCCUAUGCAUUCCUGUCGCAGCAUGGGCGCCGCCACCAUCUCGACCACGAUGUCGACCGAGACGCCUCGCUUCUCACCCGCCGCGCAAAAGCACCCGAAUGCAGCGAAGUCCACUCGGCCGAAGACCAAUGCGCCUUCGUCAGGCAGUACUGCAAGGACGACGAUGCGGGCCUCCUUCCAUACCUCGACUUCUACUAUUGCGGCCUCAGCCAUGCUCAGCCGGUAGCAUUUGUCCUGCUGGUGCUGUGGCUGGGCUUACUCUUCACCACGAUUGGCAUCGCCGCCAGCGAUUUCUUCAGCAUCAAUCUCAGUACCAUCGCCACGAUCCUCGGCCUGAGCGAGAGCUUGGCCGGCGUCACGUUUCUCGCCUUUGGCAAUGGGUCGCCUGAUGUCUUCAGCACCUUUGCCGCCAUGAGCUCCAAUAGCCCCGGCAUGGCCGUGGGCGAGCUCAUCGGGGCGGCCUGCUUCAUCACAGGUGUGGUCGCCGGCUCCAUGGCGCUGGUACGCGAAUUCAGAGUGGAUAGAAAGACAUACACGCGCGACAUUGGCUUCUUUAUCGUUGCUGUGUGUUUCACCAUGGCAUUCCUCGCAGACCAAGAGCUUCUGUUUUGGGAGUGUUGGGCGAUGAUAGGGUACUAUGUUAUAUACGUUGUCACCGUUGUCGGAUGGCAUUGGUACUCGACGCAGAGGAAACGACGACUGCGGCGAGAAGGUGAAGCACGCAGUAACUUUUACGGAGCUGUGGGACAGUCCGGGGACGAGUUGGCUGGGGAGCCUUACAGAGACGAACCCGAGGACGCCGACCAGGAGGUACGAGGCUCGUCGAGACGCAGCUCGUCCGCGCCGGCAACCGCCUCCUUCGAGCAAGGGCCGAGGAUUGAAGUAGAUGGCCGAGCAGAAAACAUCGACGCCGCCUCCAGCGAUGAGGACGUCGACGGAGACCACGAGCGCAUGGUGGCUGCCGAAGUCACGAGGAACAUGCGAGUCUUGCGGACUGGACCGAAACGGCACCAUAACAUGAAUCCCAUCCGACCUAGUCUGUUCGGAGCGCUCGAAUUCCGAUCCGCGCUGGCGCAGCUGCAGCGGGAAAGCAAUCUCCAGCUUUCUCCCAUCUCUGGCCGCAGCCAUUCGGAAAACCUCAUCAACCGUCGCGCCAGAAGAGGCACCGUCGCCGUCACUUCCCACCUCUACGACGACAGCCAGGACGCGAUCUCACCGACCGAUGCAACGACAGCACGCAGAGAUCGUGCGCUGUCGUCCGGGGAUAUGCCGACCUCUUCGGCGCCCGCCAUCCCGAUGCUGAGCGACCACUUGGACGCCGAACAAUCAAGUCUUCAGCGACCAGAGGACCACGACAGUAGUCAGAAGGCUCCAACGCCAACCCUAUCUUACCAAAUAGGUGGAAACCUUGCACCGCCUCCUACGGACUCUAAGGGAACACUUCUCGACGACUCGCAUGAUGGUACUGGGGAGCGGGCACAUUCGCCCAAAUUGAAGCUGCAGAUUCCGAGCCGGCGCAGCAGCCAGAGCAACCUGUCGUCUCCGAGCACUCCAUUUCCUCGAUUCUCAGAAUCGCCAAUGCUACUCACGCCCCAUCCACAAUCCGGGCAUCCCGAAUUCAUGCUCCUCCCUUCCCCAGCUGUCGCCAGGAGAGACGACCACUUCCCCGACCUGCAGAUGCCCUUACAAGUUGCCCGUCCCGUCAAGUGGUGGCCGUACUCGGUGUUGCCGCCACCGCACGUGCUCCUGGCUACUCUGUUCCCAACGCUACAAGGCUGGCAAGAAAAGACAUACUGGGACAAGUUUGCGAGCGCCCUAUCAGUGCCCACCAUCUUUUUGCUGGUAAUCACAUUGCCAGUCGUGGACUCGGAGACAAACGAGGACGACGCGUCCAUCGAUGGGACUAUCGUGGAGCCAGUGAGCCGGCCGCUUCUUGCUCACUCUGCACCUGCUGUUUCCGUUGAGCCGCGAGAGAUUGAACCAGAGAGCGAGUGGGAGCGGUAUCGCCGUCGCUCGUUGAUCCGGCAUGGCAGCCAUCAGCUGGUCCCUAACCUGUCAUCCAGUAUGCCCCUUCCUCUGGAACAGGAGGAGACUGCGGUAGAGUCGGCUAUCGCGCCGUCGCCGCGGCCGUCGAGCCUCCCACCGAAAUCCGCAUCGAAUCUCCCGUCAAUAAGCAACGCCAACGAUGAGUGUGCACCCUGGAACCGGUGGCUCGUCUGCCUACAGUUGUUCUCUGGACCGCUUUUCGCAGUGUUCGUCCUGUGGGCAAACCUGGCAGAGGAUUGGGACGAACCCGGCAGAGAGCUUGUGAAGAUGGUGCUGUACACACUUCUGUUCUCGCUUGUGCUCUUGGCUGUUUUGCUCUUGACAACAAGUGAGCACCAGCGACCCAAGUUUCAUUACAUUCUUUGUUUUCUCGGAUUCAUCAUUAGCAUUGCGUGGAUUUCAACUGUCGCCGGCGAAGUCGUUGGAGUUUUGAAAGCCUUUGGUGUCAUUCUCGGAAUAUCCGAGGCUCUGCUGGGUCUAACCAUCUUCGCGGCGGGCAACAGUAUUGGCGACUUGGUGGCUGACAUUACGGUUGCCCGGCUUGGCUACCCUGUUAUGGCACUAUGCGCCUGCUUCGGAGGGCCGAUGCUCAACAUAUUACUAGGCAUCGGGAUAGGUGGUGUGAUGAUGAUGGUCCAAGGCGCCAACCGAAAACACAAGAAGCACCCCGAGAAGCCACUUCGAUACGGACCGUACCCUGUCCAGGUCGGCGGGACUUUGCUGAUAUCGAGCGUCACACUGCUCGUCAUGCUUUUACUGUUACUCAUUCUCGUCCCUUUGAACAAGUGGAUUCUAAGCCGCAAGAUAGGUUGGUGCUUGAUUGCAUUAUGGACUGUCAGCACGAUCUUGAACGUCGUGGUGGAGGUGACUGGGAUCUGGGGAAUGGAUGCCUAG